UUCUUCCUGCAGAGCUUAGGCCUGCAGACGCUCUGGUAGCUCCUCAGUUUUACGAACAACGCAGUCUCAAAUUCAUUACUACAAUACAAAAACUUCAACUUGACUGAAAUAAGCGGAUGAAGAUGUGGGUUUCGGUAGUAGGGGUGAUGGUCCUAUGCCUUUACGUCAACCCUACAAUUGCGAAAGAAGUGUGCUCUGAUAGCGUGAUUAAAGAUGCUUUACUAAACUUGGCACACGCAAUGCGGCUGAAUAGUCAGAAAUUAGAACGACACGAACUUCGAGACCGUCAAGCAGCAGAACAUUUGAACAAAGCUAUGGGAGUUUUAGUCAAAAAAUCUUCUGUUCUUGACACGGUCACGACGAAUUUCACGCAAAUUGAGGAUCGAAUAUCUGGAAUUGAGCAGCUCAUUUCGCAGAAAGACGAGAGAGAGAGAAUCCAGUUGCAGAAAACCGUGGAUUUGAUAGAAAGGUUGGAGGCAUUUCUGGAAACACAGUUCAAGGACAUGAAAACUAAAAUGUCCGAAAUGAGUGAACGUACUGAAGUAACUACACCACCUACAACCCCUGAGUCCACAUUAAUAUCAGAUAUAAUAUCGAAGAUAAACGAUACAGAAGAAAAUUUAAUUGGACAUGUUGCAAGGAUUGAUCUUGGCGUUAGCAGGAUGGCCAAUAGAAGUGAAGACAACAUUGCCGUUCAAAAUGAGAAACUACAGACCAUAAUUAACGAAGUACAAAACAUAAGCAGUAGAAUCACGGACAUCGAAACAGCUCUCAAAAAAGAUGACGAGAUUUCCGAAAAGGACAAAAACGAAUCUAUGGAACAAAUAGUUAACAUCGAAUUAAUUCUGAAACAGCAAAAUGAAACACUUGGAACAGUUACAGAACAUUUGGAAGGCAUUGCGAAUCGUAUCCAACUUUUACCGACGGCACCUGAAGUUGAAGCUCGUCAUCUCGAAAUAAAGGAGGCUGUAGAAGGAACUCAGCAUACGUUGUCAGGUUCAAUUAACAAUGAAGUUGACGGAUUAAGGAAUCAAGUCUGUGAAAGUGAAGAAAAAAUCAAAAACAGUAUUGGAGAUCUAAGGUUAUCUCUCGCCAUGAAUUCAGAGUAUGUGAAUAAGGAAUUAGCAAUCCUUACUCAAGGUCAAGCCGUGUUGGAGUCUGCGGCAGAGAACAUAGAACAUACAAAAAAAAAGGUGGUAUUUGGAGUCCACCAAACUAUUUCGGGAAUUGAGGGAUUUAUCAAUGACCAGAAUGCAAUAGUUAAUGACAACUUUAACGAGAAAAUUAUCACAGUUUCGAAUAAUAUCAUUGGAAAUCAAAGUAAAGCUCUGGCAAAUUUGACAAUGAAAAUGGAAGAUGAAAUCCUUAAGGUUGGGAGAAAAGUAGAUGAAAUGUAUCUAGAGAUGACUAAGAAUGCUGGAAUAUUGGAAAAACUUCAUCAGAAAAACGAAGUCUACGUCAAUGACACAACUUUGACCAUAGACGGCAUAGAAACCCAGGUGGCAGAUAUAACGAAACAUAUUUACGAAGUUCAUAAAAAUUUAAAUGUUUUAAUGGGCCGCAUCUCUACGGUGUCCUACGAAUUCGGUAACGUCAAAAUCGCACUUGGAACAGCACUGGAUAAAAUUAAAGAUUCAUUCAAAGAGGUACAAGAAAAGGCGAAAGAUAUUACUAAUCCAGGACCACAUCCUGUUCCAGAAGUCCACGAGGAGCCAGAAGUGAAUCCUAGUACUCCUAAAGCUAUCAUCAAACCAAACAUAACAAUACCAAUUUCAGAUGUCAAACCUAACUGAGUUGGCGUAUAUAACGUUAUUCAUAAUGAAUUGAUAAAUAGUUUUGAA